AUGAGUAAUAAUCCUCGAAGAGUAGCUGUGGUACUUUGUGGAUGUGGCCGUGGUGAUGGAAGCGAAAUCCAUGAAUCGUCCGCGGUAAUAAUCAACCUAAGCCGUGCUGGUGCUGAAAUUUCCAUGUUUGCACCUAACAUGGAACAGUAUCAUGUCAUUGAUCAUCACGCCGGAACAGUCGACGAAGGCAAGGCGAGAAAUAUGAUGAUAGAAGCUGCACGCAUUGCACGCGGCGAAAUAUUUCCUCUCAAUGACUUGGAACCAGAAAAUUUUGAUGCUAUUAUCUUUCCUGGUGGUGCUGGUGUCGGCAAAAAUUUGUGCAAUUUUGCUACUAACAAGGAAGAUUUUAUGGUUCUUCCAGAAGUAGAAAAAAUUAUCAGAGCAUUUCAUAGGGCCAAAAAACCGUUAGGGUUUGUUUGCAUUACCACUGUAAUCGCCGCUAAGAUUUUCGGUGAAUUGGGAUGUGAACUGACCAUUGGCAACGAUACACCGCAAAGUGGACGAUGGCCACUUGCCUCUACUACGAAAAUCCUCGAAAAUUUGGGAGUAGUUCAUGUUAAUAAAGAUGUUACGGAAGCUCAUGUUGACCAAAACAAUAAGAUCGUUACAACUCCUGCUUUCAUGUGUGGCACAGCAAAAUACCAUGAAGUCUUUGAUGGAAUCUCAGAAUUAGUGAAGAAUGUCAUGGAACUAGCUUGA